AUGCCGCAAGGCUCAUGCUUUAAACCAGCGCAAAACAGCCCCCGUCAGCAAACAUCAGCAUUAGCAGGACCAUCAGCAGAGCAACAAAGAAGGAGAAAGUGCAACCAGAACUACGGAGUUCCUGUAAACAAAGUGUGGAUCUUCCCGGACCCCACUGUGACGCAAAUAGUCAGCAAUGAUUACGUUAAGGGAAGGCAACAUUCACCUUUAGCAGAGGCAGGUUACCUAACGCAGGCAAGUGCUGUACCUCUGCAUGCCCUUCCUCAUUCGAUGCCUGUCUUUGCUUACUAUAACCUUGUCUUGCCUUCUUUGGUGCUACCUUGGGUUGCGCUAGUCUGUCUGGAGUCUGACACGGCAUAUGCACAGAAUCGCGAUGGAUGA